UGAAGAUGGUGACAUUAAACGCAUCUCCACUAAGGAAUGGGCAAAGUCCACAGGAUAUGAUCCAGUGAAACUUUUCACCAAGCUUUUUAAGGACGAUAUCCGGUAUCUGUUGUCAAUGGACAAGCUUUGGCGGAAGAGGAAACCUCCAGUUCCCUUGGACUGGGCGGAAGUACAAAGUCAAGGAGAAGAAACUAAUGCCUCAGAUCAACAAAAUGAACCCCAGUUAGGUCUCAAAGACCAGCAAGUUCUAGAUGUAAAGAGCUAUGCAAGUCUUUUCUCCAAGAGCAUAGAGACCUUAAGAGUGCUUUUAGCAGAGAAGGGGGACGGAGCAGAGCUCAUAUGGGAUAAGGAUGACCCGUCUGCCAUGGAUUUUGUCACUUCAGCUGCAAACCUCCGGAUGCAUAUUUUCAGCAUGAACAUGAAAAGCAGAUUUGAUAUAAAAUCAAUGGCCGGGAACAUUAUUCCUGCCAUCGCUACCACCAAUGCAGUCAUUGCUGGAUUGAUAGUGUUGGAAGGAUUGAAGAUUUUAUCUGGAAAAAUUGAUCAGUGUAGAACCAUUUUUUUGAAUAAGCAACCAAACCCAAGGAAGAAGCUCCUGGUGCCUUGUGCGCUGGACCCACCGAAUCCUAAUUGUUACGUGUGUGCCAGCAAGCCCGAGGUGACGGUCCGCCUCAAUGUCCACAAAGUGACCGUCCUCACCUUACAGGACAAGAUCGUGAAAGAAAAAUUUGCUAUGGUGGCACCAGAUGUCCAAAUUGAAGAUGGCAAAGGAACGAUCUUGAUAUCUUCAGAAGAGGGGGAGACUGAAGCUAAUAACCACAAAAAGCUGUCCGAAUUUGGAAUUCGAAAUGGCAGCCGCCUUCAAGCAGACGACUUCCUCCAGGACUACACAUUGUUCAUCAACAUCCUGCACAGCGAAGACCUAGGAAAGGAUGUUGACUUUGAAGUUGUGGGUGAUGCCCCAGAAAAAGUGGGCCCCAAGCCAGCCGAAGAUGCUGCCAAGAGCAUCACCAAUGGCAGCGACGAUGGCGCCCAGCCCUCUACCUCCACAGCACAAGAGCAAGAUGAUGUGCUCAUUGUUGAUUCCGACGAGGAAGGUUCUUCCAAUAACACCGGCACUGGUGAGGAGAGAACCCGCAAGCGGAAGCUGGAUGAGGAGAAAGUGUGCACAAAGAGGUCCCGGGUAGAGACAGCGGAAGAGCUGGAUGAUGUCAUCGCCUUAGACUGAGCAGUUGCCUUCCUACGUUCAUCUGGGCACAGCCAGGCCUGCUCGCUCCUGUUUCUGCGACCUGUCUGACUGCAGGGCGGGGCUGUGACUAGCACUGGCCUGCCUCUUUCUGCACAAGACCAAAGGUUCGAACACCAGCACCACAAAACCAACUGCGAACGGGGGUGAGGUGGAAACAUCUCCACUGUUGUCAUAGAUGACUCCUUUUUCAAAAGCAAAUCCCUUAAUAAACAUUGCAGUACUUCUCUG